UAUGAUGUAGUCUUAUUUGAUGUGUGCCGAGUGUGUGAGUGAGUGUUCGCGGAGUGAUGUCAGUGGGUGACGCCGUUACGAGCGCGCCUGACAGAAAAAUCGUUUGCGGGGAAGACAGCACGGACAGCGACAAUGACACGGAGAGGAGGAGGCUGCUGCGGAGGAUAUCCACCAGCAAAUGCCUCGGCCGGCUGCCGGUGGUCAAAGAGGGGUACCUGAUGAAGCAGACGCGCAGCUUCCAGCGAUGGCAGCGCCGCUACUUCCGGUUGAGGGGGCGCACUCUCUACUACGCGAAGGAGAAGGAGAGCCAAUUGUGGGACGAGUUCGAGCUGGAGGACGCCACAUUCGCGGAGUGCAGCAUCAACAACGCGAACCACAGCUUCCAAGUCAUAACAGCCAGUCGGUGCCUAGUGCUGUGCGCAGACACUCGAGGCGAAAUGGAGUCGUGGGCUGGUGCCUUACGAGGCGCCUUGCAUCGAGGCGCGGACGUCGCCGACCUCGUCGCGAGACUGUCUUCCGGGGACCAUCACUGGUACGCGGCAACCCACGCUCGUCCAACAUUCUGCAACGUGUGUCGCGAACCGCUCGGCGCGCUCGGCACCGCUCACGCGCUCGCUUGCGAGCUAUGCAAGUUCAAGGCGCACAAGCGGUGCGCGUCGCGGGCGCCGCCAUCUUGUAAAUGGAGCACGCUCGCCUCGCUCGGCCCGCAUUUAGUGGAGGAUGCUGAUGGAAACAUCAUAAUGCCCCACCAAUGGCUGGAGGGCAACCUGCCGGUGGCUGCCAAGUGUGACGUUUGCGAUAAGACAUGCGGUUCAGUUCUAAGGUUGCAAGACUUCAGGUGUGUUUGGUGUCGAAAGUGCGUCCAUGCCGCCUGCAAGCCGAGUUGGAGAGCGGCAUGCAUGCUCGGUCCGGCGCGGGCGUCGGUGGUGCCGCCCACCAGACUGCAUUCGGUUGGACCCGACGACGCCUGGGUGCCUGAUCGACCACCGUACGCGUCGCCGCUAAUCGUCUUUGUCAACUCCAGAUCUGGUGAUAACCAAGGCGUGAAGUUUCUCCGUCGCUUCAAACAGCUCCUGAAUCCAGCUCAAGUUUUUGAACUGAGCGGCGCUGGCCCCAGGCUUGGGCUGCGGUUGUUCAGGCAUUUCGCUCCAUUGAGGGUUCUCGUGUGCUCGGGAGAUGGCUCCGUUGGCUGGGUACUGCAGGAAGUUGAUAAGCUAGAGAUGCAUCGUCAAGUACAAACGGCAGUGCUUCCACUUGGUACCGGCAAUGACCUGGCACGAGUCCUGGGCUGGGGAGCCUCCUGUGACGACGCGGCUAACCUCGCGCAGCUGCUUGAGCGAUAUGAACGGGCUUCCACGAAAAUGCUUGAUAGGUGGUCAAUAAUGACAUUCGAACGGGCUCUGACAGCUCCUCCGCCUCCGCCCGCACCCCCCGACAUAGUGGAAGAGAGCGUCUUGUUGAGGAAUCUACAGGACAUCAUGCAGGCUGGUGAAGUAAGCUGUGCGGCUAGUUCGUCUCUCCGGGCGGGCUGCGGCCGCUUGGCGGACGCGGGCGAAAGGAUCGGCGGCGGCGCAGCCCGAGCGGCGCAUCGGCUGCGGAGAGCGCUGUCAUUACUUUUGCACGCGAGAGCUCAUCUGGCCCACGACCACGCUAGAUGCAAAUCGUGGGAGCCGUUGGAGACGAGUGAUAGCGAACCAGAAGCACAGCCCGUUGCAGAAAAGGGCAGUAUAGAAAAGACUGAAAAGGAGCAGCUGAAUUGGGCGGCUCGUGGCUGUGCGCUUGCUGGACGCGCUGAUAGCGUACGACGCGCGUUACGCUCGCUCGUGCGAACGCUCGCUCAUAUAUACCCGCAGGUAAUAUAUCACUGUUGACCACAGGAGGUAGAAUCCUGCGACACGUGCGCGAGCGACGCAGAAGCAGCUCGACCGGAGAUCGGCGCCGGAGUCGAAGCGCCCGCCGCGCCGGCGAUGGACCAGCUGUCAGCUCUGCCGGUGCCAAGAGCGUUUGCUGAUAGCAGACGCUCGUCUGCCGCGUCCGCUGUUUCGGCUACCUCCAUGCAACCUGACAACAUUCCAGAUGUAGAUGAAGACAUAGCUAAGUUAAUAAAUUCUAACCCACCGGAACAAUCUUUCAAUUUGGAGGUUGACAAGGCCGAGCGCAGCAAGACUAAUUCCACUUCGCCCCAAGACCUCCUCUCUUUGUCCAACCUCUCUUCCUGUGAUACCAGCUCCUGUAGGAACCUGUUCAGACCUGACACGGAGCGAGAAACCUUUAAUAGCAGUAGUCUUACUAUACCUAACCUAGUCGUCUCGGACGAUAGCUCUAAGCGAGAUUCCAUAAUACAGGGAGAAACUUAUGAAUCGGACCAAUUGACUAUAAUAGACAUCGAUAAACCGUACACGGAUGAAGUGCAUUUCCAAAAUUUAAGCGCCAGAGCGACGCCAGUCAGCGGAGAGUGCACGCCGGAGAGAAAGCUUUCUAGUGUCGACUUGGAGAUUCAAUCGAGUAGUUCAGACGGGUCCAACAUUAGCGACGAUUUUAGUUUAAUUUCGGAAGCAAUUGAUGCCAAACCAGAAGACAUUGAUGAGAGCGUCAUCGGCCACAUAGACUCACCAGAAAUCUCUGAUACAUACAUGAACUCUGAAACGUUACAUGGAGAAUCUAUCAUGGAUGAUAUCAGUUCUAUGCUCGGACAAGAAGUCCUGUUAGCAAUGAUGGGGACUAAAGGUGAUAAUGAAACUUACACAGACGAUACGACACUUUUUACAUCCGAUACAGUGUCAGAUAUAGCGAUGGAUAGCAGAAAUCCCAGUUUGGAGAAAAAUCACGAUAAAAUGAAAUACAUGUCGAAAAUUAAAUCACCGAAAGAAAGCGAAGUUGAAAAGUUCGGUUUUGAAAACAGAGUAUUCUAUAUGUGUGAAAAUGCAGCGAAAGCGGAAGAGCAAAUCAAGUACUGCAGUCUAGCGCAGUUUGAAGAAGGCAAUGACAUCGCCAGAAAAUCAUUUAGAAAACAACUCAGGAAAAGUAUCAAAAAACUAGUUUCAGAUGAUUCGAGUAUAAAAAAUCUUUUACCUAAAACCACUGAAGAAUCAAGACCUGAGAGUCAAGCCAAGAACGAAGAUAAACCUCUAGAACCUAGUCUUGAUGCACCAUUUCCCCAGGUCAGCGUUGUAGUGGAACCGCCAUCUCCAUCGCAUAGCGAAGACAAGAAGAGUUUGAAAAACGGCAACAGUCGCAUGGCUUCAGUUCUUAAUGAUAUCUUCGACCAAGGCACUGAUACGUUAAGCGUUCAUUCACCGGAGCCAACUAUAGGAACUACCCGGGAGAGGCGACAAUCGGACAAUCCUAAACUCUUAGGUUCAGACCCUGAGUAUGGGAAGUUCUUGAGCUGCUCACCCGCUGCGACUAGACGAAUAUCCUGUGGAAGUCUCUUCAAGCCUGGCGAACCAGAUAACAGGUUAUCGACAUCAGUCUCAUCGAUAUGGGGCGAAGGUGGCACUAUGGGGCCUAUAGGCUCCAAAUCGGAUGCCAGUGAAAAAGCCAAAAAGCUGCCAAUCAUCAACCCCCUAGUCCAGUUACCAGCAUGGCCUCACGUGACCCAAGGCUUUAUUAGUCAAUGUCUGUUAGCCAACGCCGAUGCUUUGUGCGCAGCAGUGAGUCCAUUGAUGGAUCCCGAUGAAACUCUUCUCGAAGGGUUCUAUGAGAGAGCGGUGAUGAAUAACUACUUCGGAAUUGGCAUCGAUGCUAAGAUCACGCUCGAUUUCCAUAAUAAGAGGGAGGAACACCCGGAGAAAUGCCGAUCGAGGGCGAGGAACUACAUGUGGUAUGGAGUGCUCGGGUCUAAGGAGUGGGUGAAUAGGACAUACAGACAUCUAGGCCAAAGGGUCCAACUGGAAUGCGACGGCCAAAGAAUACCGCUGCCGGAGCUGCAGGGCAUCGUGGUACUCAACAUCCCUUCGUUCAUGGGGGGCACCAACUUUUGGGGCGGCACCAGAGGCGAUGACCUUUUUCUCGCACCUUCCUUUGAUGAUAGGAUUCUGGAGGUAGUAGCGGUAUUCGGCUCAGCCCAGAUGGCUGCCUCCCGGCUCAUCAACCUUCAAAAACACCGCAUCGCCCAAUGCCGUGCUGUCCAGAUCAACAUCCUGGGUGAGGAGUGUGUCCCGGUGCAAGUGGACGGGGAGGCGUGGCUCCAGCCCCCUGGUUGCGUCAGGAUCAUACACAAGAACAGAGCCCAGAUGCUUUGCAGGUCGAGAGCGCUUGAAACUAGCUUGAGGGCUUGGGAUGAGAAACAGCAGCUAAAACAGCACGCCUUGGCCGGCGCUUCGCAGUGGUCUCGCAGCGCGCUGUCCACCUCCGAGAGCGCGCAAUUACUGGCGUUGCUGGACGAUGUCAACACGCUGGUUAAGCAUGUCAAACUGUCAUGCAUCAGCGAGAGUGGAGUCAGCGGCGCGGUGUCGAGUAGCGUGUCCGUGGCCAGACGGGUCGCGGCCCAAGCGGACGCGUUGCAGGACGCCGACGGCAAGUUGUUGCCCGCUCCACAGUUGAGAAGAUUACUCGCUACAUUGGUGGAGAGUUGCCACGAGUUGGUCGAGAGUGGCGCAUUAAGCGGCGCGGGCGCAGCGGCGGCGGGCGGCGUGCGCGCGCAUUUAGCCAGGGUGUCAGUGCACGACGGACACGCUUACUUGCACGCUGAUGAGGUCCAGAAGAAAGGCGGCGCCGGACGCUGGCUGACGCGGGGAAGAAGGAGCGUCUCCGAAGGACCAGCUUCUACAAUCACAGCGGCCCAAGUCAAAGCGUGGGGCGUGAAAGAAGUUCAAAAUUGGUUGGAGUCGCUACAGCUCGGUGAAUACGCCGAGGCGUUCGCUAAACACGACGUCACGGGUCGGGAGUUACUCUCGUUGGCGCGUCGAGACCUCAGGGACCUCGGAGUGACUAAAGUAGGACACGUGAAGAGGAUCCUGCAGGCUGUGAAGGAGUUGCAGUGACGACGGCGCGGCCGCUCCGAAGGGGAUGGCCAUGGUUAGACUACGACGAGCGGCGGUCUUGUCUAUUCCACGUUUGAAUUUUUCAACUUUUUUGUGAUGUAAAAAUACUGGCCAGUUACCAGUUUUAUGUGUAACUGCAUUGUAUUCUAUAUUGUCUGUGUUCGAACUAUCUCUUAUUAGACCGCCUUAUGAAUUGAAAAUGUGUUAAUUAAGUAAGUCGAUGGAUCCCCUCGGGGAAAUUUCUUUUUGUUAGAUUUUUAAUAAUAAAUCGUGUUCUAAAUUGUGUAAAAUGUUAUCGCUUCACAUAUUUCAAUUGAUAUUAUCAGAUUUGACUUGGAUUUCAGUUGCGUGCUACCAUCAAGGAUAAGUAGGUAUAUAAGAAGACUGACAUUUGAAAACAAUUUUUAUAAACUACGUAUAAAACUAAUUUUGUUGUAGAACUCACUGAUCUCAAUUAUUUUAAUGUAUAUACGUGAAUACAUAGCGUAGAACCUAAUUUUUCUUUUAAUAUAAUGGCAAUAUAUAGUAGUAUUAGAUAUAUUAUCUAAUAAAAAAUCCUCAAUUUCCG